CAUAACCAGCCAUCGGUUUUGCGGCUUUUGCAGCUUCCGCAACAGUGGAACUGGUUAUUUCCAUUAUGCUAUAUAACCACGAAUUUUUCGUUAUGCUUUAAACAAUUGUUUAUGAAAGAAAUACGUUGAAGUCUUGGGGUUCAAUACCGUCUACAUUGCUACGACUACAACGUAAACUACAGCCAUGUCGGAGGACCUGAGCUCCCAACCCUGGUCCAUCAACAAAGAUGAUUAUGAGCUACAGGAGGUGAUUGGGAGCGGAGCCACAGCUGUGGUCCAGGCUGCGUACUGCUUGCCCAGGAAGGAGAAGGUCGCCAUCAAGCGAAUCAAUCUGGAGAAAUGUCAGACCAGCAUGGACGAGCUCUUGAAGGAGAUCCAGGCCAUGAGCCAGUGCCACCACCGCAACAUCGUCUCCUACUACACCUCCUUUGUGGUGAAGGAUGAGCUGUGGCUUGUGAUGAAGCUACUCAGCGGGGGCUCAAUGCUGGAUGUUAUAAAGCACAUCAUAUCUCGGGGGGAGCACAAAUCCGGGGUCCUGGACGAGGCCAGCAUCGCCACCAUACUGAAGGAGGUUUUGGAGGGCCUGGAAUACCUGCAUAAAAACGGGCAGAUUCACAGAGACGUGAAGGCUGGAAACAUUCUUCUUGGGGAAGAUGGCUCAGUGCAAAUUGCAGAUUUUGGGGUCAGUGCCUUUCUAGCUGCUGGUGGUGACAUCACUAGGAAUAAGGUGCGGAAGACGUUUGUGGGAACUCCCUGCUGGAUGGCUCCUGAAGUGAUGGAACAGGUCAGGGGUUACGAUUUCAAGGCAGACAUCUGGAGUUUUGGGAUUACAGCCAUCGAACUGGCAUCUGGGGCUGCUCCCUACCACAAAUAUCCUCCGAUGAAGGUGCUCAUGCUGACCCUACAGAACGACCCCCCUUGCCUUGAGACGGGCGUCUCGGACAAAGAGAUGGUGAAAAAAUAUGGGAAGUCCUUCAGAAAGAUGAUCUCACUGUGUCUGCAGAAGGAUCCAGAAAAAAGACCAACGUCAUCUGAGCUUUUAAAACACAAAUUCUUCCAGAAAGCUAAGAACAAUGAAUAUUUGCAAGAAAAACUGUUACAGAGGGCACCAACAAUAGGAGAAAGAUCCAAAAGGGUGAGGCGCGUGCCGGGCUCCAGCGGCAGACUGCACAAGACCGAGGACGGCGAGUGGGAGUGGAGCGAUGACGAGCUGGACGAGGAGAGCGAGGAGGGCAAGGCCGCCGUGGCAGCCUUACGGUCGCCGAGAGUGAAAGAAGGAUCGCAGAACUCCGAGGUUUUUUCAGUGGCAGAGCCAUCAAGUAGUCAAAUCCAGCCUUCAGCCCAAGGCCAAGCCCAACUACCUCAGCCUGCUGGCCAGGCUGCUGCGCAGGCUCCCCAGGCCAGCGUUCCACCCGUAGCCCAGGCUUCAGUCCCAGCACAAGGCCCCGCUCCAGCUGCCCCAGCUGCCCAGGCCCCAGCAGCUGCUCCCGCGUACGACGCCACCAAGACUCCCAUCAGCUUGGUAUUAAGGUUGAGAAAUUUAAAGAAGGAACUAAAUGACAUACGAUUUGAAUUCAUGCCUGGAAGAGACACGGCAGAUGGUGUGUCCCAGGAGCUGGUGACUGCUGGCCUGGUAGACGGGAGAGAUUUAGUCAUAGUUGCUGCCAAUUUACAGAAAAUAGUCGAUGAGCCACAAGCCAACAAAAAUGUCACUUUCAAGCUGGCUUCCGGUGUGGAGGGGUCUGAAAUUCCCGAUGACGUCAAACUCAUGGGAUUUGCACAGCUCAGCAUCAGUUAGACUGUUGUACUACUACGGACCUGACUUGCCUGAAAAAUUUGGAAAGAAAAAGAAACAAAACCCACACCUGUGUGCAAGUUUUAUUUUCAUUGGCCUAAAGAAACCACUACUGCCAAAGAAAAAAAAUACCAUAUCAUCACCGCCAUCCCCAUAGGAUCCAGAAACCUUGAUUAAAUAGGACUGCGUGGUGGAAGUGUAACACAUAGGAUUCAUAUUUAAAAACGUUUACAGUUGCACAUGUAGGAGGACACGAUUUUCAGCAUUGACCAACCAGAUGAUUUCCAUUUUUUCAUUUUAUAUAUAGAAUAAAAAAUGCAUUUGCACAAUCUGAACUAAUUCCUGCAAGUCCUGUUGAUAUAUGUAAUAAUGCCUUAUCUUCAGCAUCACUACUGAACACAGGAGGGGCCUGUCCCCACGUGAGUUACAGAUCAGAAUUUAGAGUGAAAGAACGUGGUUUCGGUUACUAAUGUUGAACGUAUUGUUUCUGUUUUUGUUUUUUUUCCCUUCACUGGGGCUUUUUUUUUUUUUUUUAGCUUUUGUGACGCCUUCAGAAUAUCCUAUACCUCACAGCUUACUGCUACACUGGCAUAUGUUGUGCACUCAGUGUGAAAGUUGCACAAUAUCAUUGAAACAUUGGAUGAAUUUGUCAUUUUAUGCAAGGUAGCAAUGUAAAUCAAAAACUAUGCUUACAUUGUUCAUCUCUUUCUUUGUCUCUCUCUCUGUAUCUCUAUCACACACACACACAAACACACACACACACACACACACACACACACGCAUAUAUAAUAAGAUGAACAUUUAUAGGUAGGCUGUGCUGGGAAUACUUAUGUGCCAAGCUCUUACUGGGAAACCGCAGCCAAAGUGCCAUGUAGCCCAUUCCUUCACGGUAUCACUGGAAUAUAUCCAGCCCACCCUGUGUGUACUAGUCCAGACUUUGGCCGUGCCACAAUGAUGAUUACCAUGAAUCCUCUGUUAUCUCAUUCACCAAUCAUAUCAGCACGUACUAUACGCUUUUGUUCUUUUCUGUGAGAUAGUUUCGGCUGCGUUGAGCAUUUAUCGACAUUGUAACUGAAGCCACGAGACCAUCCCGCGUUAGUAUGUCCAUAUGCAGGUAUUCACUGUGAAUUUGAUUUCAUAUCAUUUUCUCAAACAGAAAAGUGCAUAUUAUGAUGACAACUGCAAAGUACUUGAUUAAUGACUUUAGUGUGUAAAUAAUGAAAUUUGGUGUUCAUUAGGUUUUAUACUGGGUGUUUCACACUUGGCCUUUGUAUCUUAAGGAGAGUACAGAAAUGUGAUGUAAAGAGAGGAAAAGGAAGGAAUGUCUUCUCAUUCUGUCAAAUGUCAUUGCUGCAGGGUUCAGUGUAGAAACAGCAAUGCUUUUAUAACACAAAGCAUCUAUCUUCGUCUGUAUCAAACAUAUCCAUUGCUUAAACCCUUACUUGUAUUCCCUGAGGUAGUAGGCUCCUAAAUUAAUUUGGCCUUAAAAGUAUGUUUACUUCUGGAGAAAAAUAUCUUGCAGUUUUGUCUCAAUAUGUUCAUGGUUUUGAUUGGCUCAGACAGUUUUGUGUGCAAUAAAGUAUAGCUUAUCUACUUACAGAAGUGACAACCUGAUGAUUUUUUUAUGGAUGGUAUACAGGAGUUCAUACAAUAAAAUGGAAAGUUGAAGUUUCCCUGUUAUCAAGUAGUAAGGAAAAGGUUUACAACUUGCAGGUUUCGAAGACCCCUCCCUUAUAAUUUUUCAAAAUGGUGUAUACCAGCGAUUACAUCGCUACCCAUCUCUUGUGAAGUUGUCAAAUCAUGCUAUUUCUCCACUUGUUUUAAAUCACAGAUAGAGAGCAGUUACCAUAAAAUAUGGUACAGUAAGCAGAUAUGAAGGACAAAUACUCCUGGGUAUUCACAUCUCCAAAGUUCAUUACUAUCUUGUUUUGCGCACUGCUGUCACUGUUCCAAGAAGCCUAACGCAUCUUAGAACACGUCAAUAAAUUACAGUUGAAGUAUUACGCAAACCUUGCAGUAUUUAGUGUCACGCUCCUUUUGAAGACCGGUGAGAUUGGUAGCCACAGCUUUGUGAAUAUAUCCGGCAGAACAAGCUGGAUUCUGGAAUGAACCCUGCAUCCAACUGCAUUGAAUUUCUUUCAUUAAGUUUAGUUACACUUUCAAAUGUUUUUCCCUAUUUGUUUCUUUGCUUAACUGUAAUAUAUCAUAUCAUAUGUAAUUAACAGUACAGAGGCAAUGGAACAGAUAAUCUUUACACAGGACUCUGUGUAUUGUAGAAUAUAACACAAAGCUGUAAGAUAUUUAAUUUUUUAUUCGUUUUAUUUUAUUUUUUAUUUUGAUCAUUUGAUUUUUCUUUGAUGGUUUUGGAUUUCAAUGCAUGUUACCUUAAUUAUUUUUAAUCAAUAAAGAAUGAACUUAU